CCCCAAGUGCAGCGGCGAGCCCGAGGAUCGCCGGCAGGACCCAUGAUGCUCGCGAUCGCGUCCGCCGUCGCCAUCGAUUUCCCGCCGCCGAUCGUCCUCCCGAGAUAUGCCGCGCGUUCGGCGCCUGGCAGCCGGCAGUGAAAAUACGAACGGCAGCAGCGUUUCCGCGGAAUCAUGCGCGGUACCCCGGUAAAACGAAGCGCACGAUGUCGCGCGUGACCUCGUCGGGGGCUACCGAACGAUCGCUGGACGAAAACGCGGAGCAAUGAUGAGGAACACGUGGCCGGGGCUGGCGAGAUCCGCGAGUGACAGUCGGGCGAGUCGCACGUGCGAUCGCCGACACGUGUUGUCCGGCGGCGGUGGCGGCGGCGGCGAUGGCGGCGGCGGCGGCGGCGGCGGCGGCGGGAGCGGCAGGUUGUUGCUUCGCAUCGUCGCCUUGACCCUCUGUUGCGUCGUGGCGAUCUGCGGCGACUCCAAGGACAGAACGGCGCGCGGGCUCAAGGAUCUGCAGGAGGCCCUGAACAAAGCGUCGGCGAUAGGCGAGUGCGACCUGGAGCCUAACUGCGACUGGAAGUGGAACAAAACCCGGGGCUUCGUGCUCAUGCAGGCGCCGGCACGCAGCAAGUUCGGCCCGACCACGGACGCCAACAAUUCGAAAGACGGCCACUUUUUGUGGUACAACGGCAGCGGGACGGCUCAAAUGUGGUCCCCGCGGAUCUCCUCCACGAGUACACGCUGCACCCUCGAGUUGUGGAUGCACCAGGUGGCGAUGGAGGACGGGGCCAUAAAUCUCGUGAUAGACACCAACAACGUGAGCUCGGUGACGGAGGAGAAAUACGGAAAUAAUAACGCUAGGUGGGAGAACAUGCGUUUCUUCCUGGGCGCGAUCAGCCAGCCCUACAAGCUAUUUUUAGAGAUACUCUUGCCGUACGCGAACUCGAGCGUCGCCGUUGACAACGUCCGUCUGGUCAAUUGCUUUCCAGAUUCUACGCUGGGCGCAGUCCUCUGCACGGACAACAUGUUCCGCUGCAAGAACGGCAGCUGCUUGAGCAACAUCCGCAUCUGCGACUUUAUCAAGGACUGCCCCGACGGCGAGGACGAGACGUCCGAGUGUGACAAGAUUCCGGAGAACGCGAGGUGCAACUUCGAGGACGGCUGGUGCGGUUGGGCGAACGUCCCCGAGAGACCUCUGAAUUGGAGCCUGAGGAGCGUCUCCACGGACAGAGUCGGUCCCGCUUACGAUCACACCUACGGCAAUAAGACAGGGACGUACGCGUACGUGGAGAUGUCGAAGCGCGUCGAAUACGGCAGCCGCGGCACCAUCGAGAGUUCUCUGUACAACCCGACACCGCCUUACAGCAGCGACAUCAAGAGCCCGUAUUACCAAUCGUGUCAGGUGCGCUUCUUCUUCCACAAGUACGGCCUGCACAGCUCGUCCCUCGCGCUCUACAUGGUCCAGAUGAAGCAACACGGCAAUCAGUCGAGUAUGCUGUGGUGGUCCUACGGGAAGGGCAACAGGAUGUGGGAGAACGCGGUCGUCGCCCUGCCCGCCAUAAAAUGCAGGUACUUCUUGCAGUUCGAAGCGAGCAGGGGCUACUCCUCCAAGAGCGAGAUAGCGAUCGACGAUGUUUCCUUGAGCCGAGAGUGCUUCGGCAUCGGAGUGCCGCCAGAGAUCGUAGGCGACUUCAACUAUUACAACCCCAAUAUAGAACUCGAGACGGUGCCGCCGCAGCAUCCGGAAUUCGGGAACGAGACAGUCAUCCGAAUUACCAGCUGCGGGGCCACCGGCAGGACAGGUCCGACCGCUGAGCAAUGCGCCGAGGAGUACAACGGCACCGACGUGGAAUUGAUCGUGCCGUCGUCGUUACCGGAUCAGGAGGUCACGUCAGGAGCCCACAAUCUGAGCGGUAUGCAACGGUGGACCGCGCCCCGCGGCGAAUACUACACCUUGAUCGUCGUCGGGGCGCGCGGCGGGAUGGGCUCCGGCGGUAUGGGCAGCACCUUCGGUGCUCUCGUUCGCGGUGUGAUCGAGCUGCAGAAGGGCGACCAGCUGUACUUCAUGGUGGGUCAAGAGGGAACGGACGCGUGCGCCAAGAGCCUCGGCAUGAGGGAGACCUGCCGGUCGCCGGAUGAGUCCCACCGCUCAUCUGUGUCGUCCAGCACCUCGGCGAAGGUGCGAGAAGUGAAGAAGGUCGUGUUCAAGUACGGUGGCGGUGGCGGCGGUGGCGCGACUGCAGUCUUCAUGUUGAAGGCAAACGGCGAGCUGGAGCCUAUCAUGAUCGCGGGCGGCGGCGGCGGUUUGGGAUCGGGCCAGUUCAAGGAUGACGGACUCCAACAUGGACGCGGUCCCGUUCCCGGGGGGAGACUCCUACCUUCCUCGUACGAAAUUGCCGAAGGCACUGGCGGGCCUGGGGCGAGCUGGAACGGCCAGUGGACCAAUAGUACCAAUCAUCAGAAUGCCGCGGGGACACCGCUGCUUCGCGGUGGCUCGGGAGGUCUCGGCUGCGAGCCGGGGGAGCAAGGUCACAGUAACGGAGGCUUCGGCGGCGGCGGCGGCGGUUGCCAGACCGGAGGCGGCGGCGGCGGUUACAUCGGUGGCAACUCCGGCCGCAAGCCGUCCGGCAACGGCGAGGGUGGCUACUCGUACAUCAGUCAGCGACUCACGGACGUCUACUUCAAGGAAGCGGCUCACUACGGCCCGGGCGAGGUCUUCAUCAUACCGGCGAUCAGCGGCUGCAGCUGCGACUACCGCUGCGUCGUUCUCGACCAAUAUCUGAGCGAGGUCAAGUGCCUCUGUCCUCAGGGCUGGUUACUCGGCAACGACUCCAAGUCCUGCAUCGUGACCGACGAGUCGAAGGGUGUACACUCGACGUACAUGAUCCCGCUCAUAGUCGUGAGCAGUCUGCUCGUCAUCGUCGGAAUCGGCCUAAUACUUUAUUUCUCGUUGAACAAACGCUUCCAAUGCAAGAAGGCGCUUCUGCAUCGCCGCCAAAUGAUACUCGGCAACGGCACGGAGUUGACGGCGCUGCGCGCGAUGUCGGGCACGUUGAUAACCGAAUUCAACCCCAACUACGAGUUCGCCGGCAAUCUCUACAGUUUCAAGGACUUGCCGCAGAUACCCCGCGAAUGCAUCUCCCUGACGAGGCCUCUCGGUCAAGGUGCCUUCGGCGAGGUUCACGAGGGCCAGUACAAGUACAGACGCGGCCAGCACCCGGUCGCGGUGAAAACGCUGCUGUCGCUGUCCACGCCGCAGGCGGAGGCUGACUUCAUGAUGGAGGCGUUGAUAAUGAGCAAAUUUAAUCACACUAAUAUCGUGCACUUUAUCGGGGUCUGUUUCGACAAACAUCCCAAGUACAUCGUCCUCGAGUUGCUGGCCGGCGGUGACCUGAAGAACUUCCUGCGCGAGGAAAGGCCACGACGAGACCGAUCUACAACGUUGACGAUGCGCGACCUCGUGAUGUGUAGCUUCGACGUCGCAAACGGCUGCAAAUACAUGGAGGAGACGCGCUUCAUACAUCGUGACAUCGCCGCUAGGAACUGCCUGUUGACCACCAAGGGUCCAGGGCGCAUCGUCAAGAUCGCGGACUUCGGCAUGGCGAGGGACAUCUACCGGGGCGAUUAUUACAGGAAAGGUGCCGGGACGGUGCUGCCCAUAAAGUGGAUGUCGCCGGAGAGCCUCUUCGACGGCAUUUACACCACGAAGAGCGACGUCUGGUCCUUCGGCGUCCUCCUAUGGGAGAUCAUGUCGUUCGGGUACACACCCUACAUAGGAUGCGGGAACCACGAGGUGAUAUCGAUGGUGAAGACCGGCGGUCGGCUGGAAAAACCCGUAGGAUGCCCGGACCCGAUUUACGGGAUUAUGAUGAAGUGCUGGCGCCCUCAGCCCGACCGUAGGCCGAGUUUCUGCAACAUUGUCGAGAGAAUCGGUUACUGUCUGCAGGACCCUGACGUAGUGUGCGAGCCUACGCCCAAGUACGACGUACUCCCCACUGACGAAGGCGAAAUGACCAUCUGGCCGGACCCGGAGGCGGAAUGCAUCAAUAUGCAGUCCGACCUGGACGGAUGCGGCUACGUGCGGCCAAGGGUCAUCGAUCCGCGAUCUGUGGCGCACCACAUGAAUCAAGCCGUGGGUGUCGUCACUUACGACGCGGAGACCGAGAAAUCGAACGGGAACGACGAACCGCGCUGCAAGGCCUUCGCGAAGUCGGCGGAGUGCCGGCAGAGAAAGUUCGGUUGCAACGCCUACGACUCCAUCACGGACAGCUUCAAGCGAGGCUACAACGCCGACGAUCACAACGACUGCGGAGCCGACGUUAUCGGAGAGUGCAAGGGCAGACAUCGAGCCGACCUGUCGAAUCGACCAGACCUGAGGACGAUACAUCGAAGCGAAAACAUCGAAGAGCGCGACAACCGGAUCAAUGAAGAGAACGGCAACAACCGUCCGGAAGAGGAGUGUCACAUGACUGCCAAUACCGAUAGCGCGAUGACGGAUCGCAGGAACGGCAAUGAGAGUACAACGACUACCGACACCAACUCCGACUCCCUGAUCGUGCAGUCGUCCGACACCCCGCCAAACACGACAACGAACUCGUCGCCCAACACGCGCACCUGUUCGCCGAGUCGCGUCAUCGGCCUCAACUAUGCGAACGUCAACAACGCGAACGGCGUGGUGAAGAAGAGCACGCUGAAGGCGACCCUGAGUCUCGACCCGAGCGCUCUCUACAGAGGCGCCAUCCCCUACGAUAAGAUCACCAGGCAUACGCAACGCUCCAGCACGCCGGGCAGUAUGGAGCUAAGGAAGGACUCCCUGAGCCACGAGUUACCGCGGGAGGAGGAGUGCUCCUGCUGAGACUUAUCCGAGGGGGGUUGACGAGGCUCCUCGAAGAUCGCAGCUGUGGCCGCGCUCAACUGCAGCGCCGCUCGACGAAUGCAGCUGCAACGUUCGGCCACGACGACUGCGGUUACGACGGACACGCAACUCGUGGAACUCUCCUCACCGCUGUGGGCCUACGACAACGAAUACUCACGUCGUUUCUACUCCGAGGAGACCCUACUGUGAAUCGCAAACCGGGAAGUACCCAUUCGCCCCGUCGUAAAGAGCGCCUUCCGCUAGCGCGACCCUCGCGAUUCCAACCGCGACUUUUUGCGCGCGAGCGAAGGAGAAGAAAACGGUGGCUCUCUCUCGCGCGCGAAUCAACGGCACGGGAUUGUCACGGGGGGAAGGUUGACGUAGGUUUAGGCCGAUCAUGUACAUACAGAGGAGAGAAGAGAUACUAAAAUACGUAACACACUUGUAUUCAAACGCGUCGCGCGUCGAGAGAUCACUUCGUCGAGCUUAUACUGUAAGCUUCCCAAUUCCACGAUCACGAUCAGCCGAUGACGAUGUGGAAUGGCGAAAUGUCAAACUCCGGAGAACGUCUCGUACUCGCGGGUAGGCGCGUGACUAUGACGAGCGAAGCGAGGCUUACUGUACGAAAAUACCGCGCGACUGCUUUCGGUUUAGAACAGUGAGAAACUUGACGAGAGAAGGAGAGAGAGAGAGAGAGAGAGAGAGAGUCAUGUAUCGCGCGAGAUGUACACAGGUGUAUUCGACGUGUGUGAAACUCUAACGCGAGUAGUUUUGUCUUCGAAAUAAGGUAUUCCCGCGACCGAGGAGAAGGUGACCGUGUCGUCUAAGUAACGCCGGCUCGAUCGUUGGUGAGUUAAUUGUGUAUUCGGAUCGACUGGGUCGUCCGAAAAAAUGUGUCAUGGUUGUCGAGUAAAAUAUUAUACCGUAAUACUUGGUGUCAAAGUCUCUCCGUAGGCUGGUCGUCUACUUCGUGACUCGUCUCUGCUCGGAGAAUCUCAAUAACGUGAACUCGAUCCUCUCGUUGUACACCAUCGCAGCGUUUUGCAGAGCGGACGAGUGGACGAGUGAACGAACGAACGGACGAGCGAUCGAAAUUAUAUAUCGUAGGAGGGGUGAGUGGGUGGGCGGGCUGUGGAUUGGAGUUAAUAAAAAGAGCACGAGCCCUUUUUUAUUUUUCUUACAACGACGACGUACUUUACGUGCGCGUAGCGUAUGAAAGUCAACCACUAUGUAUCUGUAAGUGAAAUACGUAAUAAAGGCGUGUUUGUGGAAA